AUGUCGACCCAUACGACCGUCUCCUACUGUGCCAAGCGUACCUUGUCUGCGCAGGCAACCCGUUGUCUGAACCCCGAUAACAUCAACCCUCACGUCAAGGAGGCCAAGUAUGCCGUGCGUGGUGAACUUGCCGUCAAGGCGGAGGAAUACCGGGUGAAGCUGGCCCAGGGAGACAAGUCGUUGCCCUUCGACAGCGUCAUCUUCGCCAACAUCGGUAACCCGCAACAACUCGACCAAAAGCCCAUCACCUUCUUCCGUCAAGUGCUCAGUCUUCUCGAAAACCCUCAGUUGUUGGACCGCCCCGAGGCCCUCCGCACCUCCUUCGGAUACGAACAGGACGUCAUCGACCGCGCCAAGGUCCUUCUUGCCGACGUGCAGAGCGUGGGAGCCUACAGCCACAGCCAGGGUGCCCCGAUUAUCCGGAAGAGCGUCGCCAAGUUCAUCGAGGAGCGUGAUGGCUUCCCCGCCAACCCGUCCGAUCUCUUCCUCUGUGCCGGUGCCUCGUCAGGUGUGAGCACCAUUCUCAACGUCAUCUGCAACGGACCGCAGGCCGGUGUUCUCGUCCCCAUCCCGCAAUACCCUCUCUACACCGCCACUCUUUCCCUUCUCAAUGCGCAGUGCGUUCCCUACCUUCUCGAGGAGGAGAAGGCCUGGGGUACCGAUGUUAAUGCCAUCCGGGCAUCCUUGGAGAAGGCCAAGAGCAACGGCACCGACGUCCGUUCCAUCGUGGUCAUCAACCCCGGCAACCCCACCGGCGCCUCUCUGGGUCUGGACGAUAUCAAGAGCGUGCUCGACAUCGCCGCCGAGGAGAAGCUGGUGGUGAUUGCCGACGAGGUCUACCAGACCAACGUCUUCGAGGGUGAAUUCACCUCGUUCAAGAAGAGACUCCGCCAGCUGCAGCAGGAGCAGCCCGGCAAGUACGACAACGUGGAGCUGGUCUCCCUGCACAGUGUGUCCAAAGGUAUGGUUGGCGAGUGUGGUCAGCGUGGUGGUUACUUCGAGCUGGUUGGAUUCGAUCCCGAGGUCGCUGCCCAGAUCUACAAGCUCGUCAGCAUCGGGCUGUGCCCGCCCGUCAUCGGACAAUGUCUGAUGGAGAUGAUGGUGAACCCGCCCAAGGAGGGCUCGCCCAGCCACGAGGUCUACAAGACGGAGUACAACGGUAUCCGGGAUGGUCUGCACAAGCGCGCCAUGGCUCUGUAUGAUGCCUUCCAGAAGAUGGAGGGUGUGGAGUGCCAGAAGCCCCAGGGUGCCAUGUACCUCUUCCCCACGAUUACCCUGCCUCCCAAGGCCGUCGAGGCCGCCGCCGCCGAAAAGCGCGCCGCCGAUGAAUUCUACUGCCUGCGCCUCUUGGACGCCACGGGUGUCUGCGUCGUUCCCGGCUCUGGCUUCGGACAGAAGGAGAACACGCUGCACUUCCGUACGACUUUCCUGGCCCCGGGAACCGACUGGGUCGAGCGCAUCGUGAAGUUCCAUGCCGAGUUCAUGGCCAAAUACCAAUAG